AGGUGACGGACUGCUAUGUUGACAACCCACACGGCCUCUGAGCUCACAGGCUUUUUGUGGCUCUGCCUCUCAGGGCUGCGUCUCCCAAAAAAAGACGCAGCAUCAUGGGGCCCGCUCUUUGGUACGUUCCCCCUCUGAUCCCUCUCUUAAGGCCUAAGCAGCAGCUGCAGAGAUUAGAGGGGAGAGGACCCACACCCACCGACUGUCUCCCUUAAAUUCAGCAGCCGAGACAAAUUCAAUUCAGACUUCUUGAGUGGUUUCUUAUCAGUGUUUUUGAUAAUAAUCCAUAUUCAGAAUGGAGUGAGCAGCUCUUUGGAGCUCCUCGGUGGACUGAACCUUUCUUUGGAUUCUCGGAACAUUCAGGUUUAUUGUGGAAUCUAUUUUCAAGGAGCUGUCCUGUGCUCACCAGGACCGCGCCAUGAGUUAUUUUGGGUACCGUCGAGAGUUGAGUAAGUACGAAGAUGUGGAUGAGGACGAGCUCUUGGCCUCGCUCAGCCCGGAGGAGCUUGCCGAGUUGGAGAAGGAGUUGGUGGACAUCGACCCGGACGCCAACGUGCCAAUAGGACUCCGGCAGAGAGACCAAACCGAUAAGACCCCAACGGGCACCUUCAGCAGGGAAGCCCUUAUGAAAUACUGGGAAAACGAAAACCGCAGACUGUUGGAGGACGAGAUCGAGGGAGGAAGCCCCAAAUCGGAGGAAAGACAAGAAAAAGAGUUUGUGACUCAAGGGAGCAGUGAAGAGGAGGAUGAAAAAGAUGCUAAGAAUGAGAAAGAGCAGGAAAAGGGCAACCAAUCGAAUGAAGAUGAGGAGGAAAGCACUGAUGAGGAGGAAGCGGAAGACACUGAGGAGGAAGAAGAACCUGUGACAGAAGAUGACGACGAAGAAGAAGAGGAGGAGCUAGUUAAGUCUGAACCCAUCAAGCAUUCAGAAUUGGUGAAAGCUCCAGUCAUCAAACCACCGCCCAUCAAGCCUGCACCCUCGCCCGCCCCGCCUGGUGACCCGAACACCAGUGGAAACCCAACCGUGGUGGAUGACGUCCUGCAACGAGCCCUCAACAACGACGCAGAGCUCACAGAGAUCAACCUCAACAACAUCGACGACAUUUCUCAGGAAACUCUCAUCCGAUUCACUGAAGCUCUGAGGUCCAACACAAACGUUCGACUCUUCAGCCUCGCCAACACUCGAGCCGACGACCCCGUGGCUCUGGCCGUGGCUAAGAUGCUCAAGGAGAACUCGUCCAUCACCAGCCUGAACAUAGAGUCCAACUAUGUGACUGGGAGAGGCGUGAUGGCGUUGGUUCAAGCGCUUCCAGCGAACAGCACCUUAACGGAGCUGCGAUUCCACAACCAGAGGCACAUGUGUGGAGGACAGGUGGAGAUGGAGAUGGUGAAGAUUUUGAGGGAAAACCACACCCUGAUUAAACUGGGUUACCAGUUCAACCUGCCGGGCCCCAGAAUGAGCAUGACGGGGAUUCUCACCCGGAACCAGGACCGGCAGAGGCAGAAGAGGAUGCAGGAGCAGCGGCAGCAGCAGGACCAGCAGGGGGUCCAAAACGGAGCAGUUAACCCUCGAACCUCCGCGCUGAGAGGAACGCCAAAUUCAUCCCCCCACGGCUCCCCUUGGUCUUCACCCAAACUGUCCCGAAGCAACCAGGCCUCAAAGCGGACCCCCCCUGCACCACCUCCUCCUCCCCCUCCUCCUCCUCCACCCCCUCCCCCGCCUCCCCCCGCACCUCAGCUGGAGGUGAAGAAGAAGAAGAAGGAGAAGCCCACGAGGCUGAUUGCGGAGGUCAUCCGGGCGCACGAGGCGGGUGGUGACAAGACGGCCAAGGGGAAAGGGAAGAAGGGCAAGAAGGGGAAGAAGGAGGAGACGAGCAGCAUCCUGAAGGAGCUGAAGAACGCCCUGCGGCCCGUGUCAGCCGACAGGAGGGAGGGGGAGGGCAGCAGGCCGUCCACGCCCAUGAGGUCGGCUCACGACCAACUGAUGGAGUCCAUACGGACCAGCAGCAUCCGCAGCCUGAGACGGGUGGAACUUCCACAUCAUUUAAAGUAACAGAAAUCAAAGAGGUGGAAUGACCAAGUGGACUGAAA